AUGCCCUCUGUCCCACGUUCUGUCCAAACAGAAACUCGUAAUUUCACGAGGAUCAGGCGAUUCGGGAAUUGCUGAAAUUUGUGAAAUGUUGCUAAGGUAGACACAGAAACCAAGAUUUGAGCACCACAAGUAGUCUUCUCGUGAUCAGGAAUUCCUUAUUGUGUACACAAGGCUUACAGCCUUCGUCCCAUUAUCUAGAGCAACGGAAAACCUUCUCUGCCGUAUUUUUUUCCCUUGUAGCGUCUCGAAUCUCCUUGAAACACGACCUGAUAAAGUCAGGCUCACGCCUUAGCCCUUGAUAAGAGAGUGAAAUGAUCUCCAGAAUGAGUGGAGUUUCCAGGAGCGGUGGAAUGUCCAAGGUCAGAGAUGUGCCCAGGAUUAGCGACGUCUCGAGUGGACAGAAGAGCAGACUCGCAGCUGCGCUGAAGGUGCUUCUAAUCGGAGAUAGUGCGGUGGGAAGAGCAGUCUGCUGCUUCGCUUCUCAGAGAACGACUUCAGACACGAUCUCACAUCCACGAUCGGGGUUGACUUCCUGAUCCGCACGAUGGACAUUGAUGGGGAGAGAGUGAAGGUGUCCAUCUGGGACACCGCAGGGCAGGAGAGAUAUCGCACCAUCACUGAAGGUACUAAUACUAGAGUAUGAGGUCACCGCACUGUACCAAGCAUCACUGAAGCUGACCGCUCCGCACCAUAAAUGGGACACCGCAGGGCAGGAGAGAUAUCGCACCAUCACUGAAGGUACUCUACAUGCUCAGUCAAUUCCUUCCAUCACUAAAAGAGCUCUUACAUGCUCUACUUGGGGUCUAGCAUGCCUUUCAGUC